UCACAUGUUUGUUGUCGAGCUGCACUUGGUGCUGCGCACAAAGAAAAGAGACACCACACACGUAUCACUCGCACACGCCUAGCGGAUGAAUGCGCCACCCACCCACUCACUCACUCUAUGUCAGUGACGAGGACUGAGCCCUCUUCGUUUUUUGAUCUCACCCACAGCCUGUUGGCGGGCGACCAGAUCUGUGGCAGCAGCGACUGGUCCAGCGUGCUGCCCGUGUGGUGCACCGUCACCACCACCUGCUUGUUGUUGACCCUCAUACUGGCGGCAUUAUAGUCAUCCACCUGAUUCCAUCCAGCCAGCCAGCCAAUCAAUAUCCGGCAGAUGUGUCAGCAUCUUCUUUCGUCGCACCAUUUGCUGCAGCCAGGGCUCUUUGGUGUUUGCUGACUGGAUGACAAGGCUUGUUGUAGUGGGGGGGGCCUGGGUGGUGGUAGUGGUAGUGGUGGUGGUGGUGGUUGGCCUCCGCGUGGUGCUGCGGACAGACGAGGAGCUCGAUGACGAGGAUGAGCGGUUACCCAAAGCGGCACCAAGUAUCCCGCCGAUGAAGGCCACCAUGAUGGCCACAGAGAAGAGUGUGAAACACACAAUCGCCGCUGGCUUGAGCUUCUGUCGCGACACACAGAAAAGCGCACCUGGCUGGCUGGCCCAUUCAUGGUGUACAGAAUAUAUCGCGUCCCUACCUUUCCGUCUGGCGUGAGUAUGGUCCUUUUCCAGCAGUCAACGGCACUCUGCGCCCCACCAGGCGACCCAACCUGCACUGGUUGUGGCGGUGGCGGUUGGGGUGCGGCUGCGUAAGGGCCCUGGCCGUACACCUGCGGCUGAACGCCAACGGCAUAGGGUGACUGGUACGGCUGCACAAACAAAUAGCAUACAGACCACACAAAUACACAUGCAUAAAGACAGAUGAAAGGCGUAUGUGGGGCUUGCAGGAAAUGACCUGCGUCGCCUGGUAUGGCCUUGCUGGUGGCCCAGGAGCGUAGGGCUGCACCUGAGGCUGACCGAACGGCUGCUGGAGUCCGGGCUGGGCAGGCUGCUGCUGCACGAUGAUGACGGGCUGCUGCUGCACCGGCUGUGCGGCCUGUGUAGGCUUGCCAUUGAUGUUGGCGUGGCUGUCAAAGGACGGGGCUGCCCCUGUGGGUGAGUCAUAACCAGGAGGUGGACCCGAAUAACGAGGUGGAGCUGACGCCAU